AUGACCUGUUCUAGGCUGCAGGGCCUCCGUAGCUGAUCGGAUUGCCACUGGUAGGCGUGUGUGUUCAGACAUGGCGGAGUCCGGGGAAACGCUGCGGUGUACGAGGGAGAGUCAUAGUGAUGAGCGGCUACAGGAGGACUGCUUAACUACCGAGACCUCCAUGGAGCAGAAAAAAGUGGAGAGUUCUGUAGCUGCCAUCUUCACUGCCAUCAAGGAUAGCCACGGGGCCUUUCAGCUUGUUCUGGAGAGAGAGCUCCAUGCCCACUACCUGCGAAAAGGCUUACAGCACCUCUCCGACUCCUAUGAGUGCCUGGAUGCCAGCCGCCCCUGGCUAUGCUAUUGGAUUGUACAUAGUUUAAUGUUACUGGAUGAGCCAAUCCCUAAAUCUGUGGCAUCAAGUGUUUGCCAUUUUCUAGGUAGAUGUCAGGCUCCCGGUGGGGGCUUUGGUGGUGGACCUGGCCAGCAACCCCAUCUAGCUCCUACCUAUGCAGCAGUGAAUGCUCUAUGCACCAUUGGAACAGAAGAAGCUUAUAAUAUUAUUAACAGGGAGAAGCUUCUGGAAUUCCUCUGGUCUCUGAAGCAACCUGAAGGAUCGUUUAACAUGCAUGUGGGUGGAGAAGUGGAUGUGAGAAGUGCCUAUUGUGCUGCCUCUGUGGCAUCACUGACAAAUAUUAUGACGCCCAAGCUUUUUGAUGGUACGGCUGAAUGGAUAGCAAGGUGCCAGUUUUGGGAAGGUGGCAUCGGUGGGGUGCCAGGCAUGGAAGCACAUGGAGGCUAUACAUUUUGUGGUUUGGCAGCUUUGGUCAUUCUGAAGAGAGUUCACCUAUUAGAUCUAAAGAGCUUGUUGAGAUGGGUUGCUUUCAGACAAAUGAGAUUUGAGGGUGGAUUCCAAGGUCGCUGUAACAAACUGGUUGAUGGCUGCUAUUCCUUUUGGCAAGCUGGUCUGAUGCCUCUCCUCCAUAGAACUUUACAUGCUGAAGGAGAUUUGGCCCUAAGCUACACCAAUUGGAUGUUUGACCAGAAGGCACUCCAGGAAUAUAUUCUCUUGUGCUGCCAAUGCCCCAGCGGUGGUUUACUAGACAAACCCGGCAAAUCAAGAGACUUCUAUCAUACCUGCUAUUGUCUCAGUGGCCUGUCUAUAGCUCAGCAUUUUGGAAGUGGUGAGAUGCUUCAUGAAACGGUUGUGGGAUCUCCAGAAAAUACUUUGAAGCCUACACAUCCUGUAUAUAAUAUUGGACCAGAUAAGGUGGCUCAUGCCAUCAUGUAUUUUAUGCAGAAAGAGAUUCCAAACUUAAAUUCCAAAAAUAAUGCAAUUUAGGAGGAGCACAAGCUGACCCCGUACUUACUCUGGUGUAGGACGCUGAUACGCUACAAGAUCUAACCG